UCUCUCUAUCUCUCUAUCACUGUCUCUCACUCUCUGCCUCUCACUGUCUCUGUCUCACUGCCUCUGUCUCUCUCGCUGUCUCUGUCUCUGUCUCACUGCCUCUGUCUCUCUCUCGCUGUCUCUGUCUCUCGAGCUGUGUCUCUCAUUGUCUCUGUCUCUGUCUCUCUCACUGUCUCUGUCUCACUGCCUCUGUCUCUGCCUCUGUCUCUCUCGCUGUCUCUGUCUCUCUCACUGCCUCUGUCUCUCUCUCGCUGUCUCUGUCUCUCUCUCGCUGUCUCUGUCUCUUGAGCUGUGUCUCUCAUUGUCUCUGUUCCUCUCUCUCUCACUGUCUCUGUCUCACUGCCUCUGUCUCUCUCGCUGUCUCUGUCUCUCUCACUGCCUCUCUCUCUCUCACUGUCUCUGUCUCUCUCGCUGUCUCUGUCUCUCUCGCUGUCUCUCUCUCUCUCGCUGUCUCUGUCUCUCGAGCUGUCUCUGUCUCUCGAGCUGUGUCUCUCAUUGUCUCUGCUCCUCUCUCUCUCACUGUGUCUAUCUACCUCACUGUCUGCCACUCUCUCAAUCUCUCUUUCCCUAUGUCUGUCUUUCACUGCCUCUACCUCCGACAUCUCUCUCUCUCUCACUCAUUGUCUCAACCGAUUUCACGGUUUUUCUCUCUCUCUCAAUCUCUUCAUCUUUCAAUCCCUGCUUUUCACUGUCUCUCUCUCUCUCAUUCUCCUUCAUUCUCUAUCCCUCUUUCACUGCCACAGUCUGUCUCUCCAUCACUCUCUUCCCAUCUCAUUUUGCCUUUGUUACUGUUUCUUGCCUCACUUCCACUCUCCCUUUCUCCGUCUCUUGUACACAUCUGCUUCUCCCUCUGCCUGUUUCCCUCAUGCCUGUCUUUGUUACCUCAUCGCUGAUUCUUGGUCCUGGGUCAAUAGCUACCCUUCAAACAACAUCACAAAAGUCAGAAAACCUCACCAUUAUCACAUUUUGAUUUGUGGACUCUUGCUGUGCACACAUUGGGCUGCUACAUUUCCAACAAUGCAACAGUGACAGCAUUUCAAAGGCUCUUCAUUGUCUGUGAAAUGUUUUCGGAUGUCCACGUCAUCAUGAAAGGUGCUAGUGAAAUAUGAAAAGUGUUGGCACGAAGCUGAUCCCCUUCUUGAAAACCUUCUGCAUUUACUUUGUGCUGUGGCUUCCCACCUCUAACCCAUCGUGGUUCAGUGCGUUGAUUAAAUGUUUGCCCGUGCUAUGCCUGGGUUUCUUCGUGUUGGCACAUAGCAUCAGCCUGGGGGUACAUCGACCCUACGCCAAGAAAGUCCUGGUCGCUCUCCUGUUCUCGGCGCUUGGUGACGUGUUCCUGACAUGGGGCGACCAAGGUUUCUUUAUCCACGGAAUGUUGAUGUUCGGAAUCUCACACCUACUGUACACUUGGGCUUUUGGACUGCGGCCCCUGAGGCUCUGGAUAGCUCUAAUGUUGCUGCUGCUUGGCGUGAUCUACUACGUUGCUGUCUACUCUUACCUGAGAGGCCCCAUGAUCUACGCCAUGGCGGGCUAUGUCGUGGUGCUGGGUCUGAUGAGUUGGCGAGCCUUGGCGCGUGCGGCUUGCUCUAGUUACGACCGAACGUGGGGACGGAGCUGCACGGCGGUGGGAGCUGUAAUCUUUAUCAUGUCAGACCUGUUGCUGGCCAUUGACCGGUUCUGCUUCACCGUGCCGCACGCCCGCGCCAUCGUCAUGUCGACCUACUACGGGGCCCAGAUGCUAAUCUCACUAUCCAUUGUCGAACAGAGCGAGCCGGAGAUGUUCUGGAAGCAGAACUGAAAAGAAAGAGAACCUCAAGCCACCAGAAACGGAUCAAAGAGACUCGAAGCAGGAGCUGUGCUGUCCAACUCCACACUGCGUGAAUGAUGCCAGUGAACAGGAAUUGUUUGCGAUGUGAAUUAAACCUCCGUUAUAAAUUAAAAGAUAAACUUUCUGAA